CUAAAUCUACUGGAAUAGGAUGAAUGUAGGGCUUGCGCGAGCUCCUCUUCCAAGCGGCUUUCUUCGCGCACGGCAGGACGCAUCGAGUGCUCCUCUGGCCCUCCGGUUGGGCGCGCAAUCGCGGCGCGUGAAUCUCAGGUCUGGAAUUUCUCGAUUUCGCAGUAGUCGUCUAGUCGCUAGAGCGGGAGAAGACGGUGAUUCCGAUAAAGACGAAGAAGAAGGAGAAGAAUCGGAAGAACAAGAAGAAGAAGCGAAAUCUCCGGCUAGAACAGGCGAGACAAGGAAAAAUCGCUCUGGAUUCUUCGCGAGCUUCUGGAAAUCCAACAAGCAGGACGAGCCUCCCGGUGAAGAACAGGUAGAAGAAGAAGUAAAGAAAGAGGAAGAAGGCUACCAAGGAUUUUGGGGUUCCUUGACUGGGUCGAUCGAUAGAGAAGCCGAUGCGCCUGGGCUCGAGGAUUUGGAGAUAAAAUGGGGAGAACUUUUGGAACCAAGCGUGGAUAAUGCGCUCGCGCUCGUUCUCACUGGCCUCCUGGGACUGGCCGUCCUACAAAUAAGCUGGCAACUCCUCCUAGUCACCGCGGCGAUUAUAGUCUCUGGCCUCAAGUACACUGUUCUCGCUGGUUUUCUUAUUGCCUUCGUCAUUUUCUUCCUGUGACAACGAUCGAUCGAUCACUCUCUUUUUCAUCCUGUACGAGUUGUUUCUCUUUCGACAAUCACGUUUUUCCACGUUUUGUUUUGUUUCUUUUCUCUUUUGGUUUUGUGUCGCUGCUGACAUGUUUGUUCUUGCAGCUGCGCUCGUCCUUGCAACACCGAUCCUCGUGCUUUCGCGAUCACUGCCGUGAAGUAUGGCGCCAAAGAAACGAUGGGAGAGCUGGAACACGAUCACAUUCUAGUUCUGGAUCCAUCCAGCUCGAAAUCGAUCAAAGUUUUUCUCAAACUUCAUGUGAAGUAUGAAGAAAUGAUUAACACGAUCAAAUUCUAAACGAUUCGAGAGCUGGAACACUAUCAAAUUCUAGUUUUGGAUCCAGCUCGAAAAUCGAUCAAAGUUUCUCUCAAACUUCACGAAACACGGCUGUGGCUUGCCGUGGAGAAUUAAAUGGACUGCCGUGCUUAAGUCGUGUGUACCAUAAAAGCCGGCAAUCCUCGAGUUUAAACCUCCUCAAACGGCCGUGGAGGGGCAUAUUCCCGAGCAUCUUUCUUUGACUAGGGUUUUGACCGAGCAGUAGCUUGCUGGCGCGCACGAUCAAUCGAUCUGUCCUCUUGCGGCGCUCGCAUUCUUCUCUCCCUCUCUGCGCGAGCGAUUAAAUAGCUCGCUCGAUCGAUCGAUUAUUUUGCCCCAUGGCCGCGGCGCCAUAGGCGAUCGAUCGAUCGAUCGGUGAUAAAAUAGAACAGAGGUUUUCGGAGGGAUUGGCGAAGAAAUCGAGCGAGCACUGCGCAGCGCCGACCUUGUCACUGCUAGUAACAUGCGAUUUGUCUUUUUCGUGUUGGCCGCUAGUGGAGUCUAGCUCAUCGAUCGCCAAUCUUUCUUUUUGGUGUUCUUCGCUUCUCGCAUCCCAUCCCGCGUUCGUGCCAGUUGUGUACUAGUGUAGAACACCGCACGCUCUUUGUGCUUUCUUUUCUCUCUUUCUUUUUUCCCUAAUCUUUUUUUCUUUUCCAUCGAUCGAGCCGGCCGCAUUGCCAGCGGCGGCUCGGCGCCAGAGCGAUCAUAAGCGCGGCGCUGGAGCUUGGCGUGUUGGCGGCGAUCUAAGGCGUGGAACGCUCGCGAGUGUCGCGGCUUGGAUUCGUGGUAUUUCGCUUCUUCGUCACGACAUCGAGGCUGCGCGCACCCGCGAUCGAUCUUUCCCAGCCGGGGUACGAAUAUUUCGGCUCGGUGUUCUUCGAUUGACGCGUGUCGUGGCUUGGAUUCGUGAUAUUUCGGGGCUGCGCGCUCGCGCGAUCGAUCUUUGAGGUCUCUUCCCAGCCAGAAUGAAGCUCAAGAAGAAGCAUCCAGCGGCAUUGCUGCUACUCCUGGUGGCAUCGAUUCUCGCCAUGGCGCUGGCGCAGACCGAUUCGGCAGAGCUCCAGGUCCUCCAGAACUUCCUCAAGGGCGUCAAGAAUCCGGCGCUACUGGAUUCGUGGACUGGGAGCGAUCCCUGUGGGAGCAACUGGAAGCACAUCAAAUGCCAGGGCUCGAGCAUAUCGGCGCUCCAGGUAGCAGGGCUGGCGCUGGGUGGAACCGUGGCACCCGACCUCAACAAGCUCAAGAAUCUCGAGAACCUCCAGCUCCAGGGGAAUGGGUUCACAGGAUCGCUACCAUCGCUUAGUGGGCUCUCGCAGCUCCAAACGGCGCUCCUUUCCGGGAACUCUUUCGACACCAUCCCUGGCGAUUUCUUCACUGGGCUCAGCGCGCUCACGGAGAUCUACCUCGACGACAAUCCUCUCAACAAGUCAUCCGGGGGAUGGAUGCUUCCGGCAGAGAUCCAGAACUCUUCGCUGCUCUCCACGCUCUCGAUCACCAACACGAGCUUGGGAGGAAGCAUUCCAGAUUUUUUGGGACAGAUGGAGAGCUUGAAGGUGCUCAACGUCGCCUACAACAGGAUCUCUGGGGGCAUUCCUUCGAGCUUUGGGUCCUCGAAUUUGGCGGAGUUUCGGGCAAACAACCAGCAGAAUCCGGUGCUCAGUGGGCCGAUCACGGUCGUGGGAACGAUGCAAUCUCUGCGAGUUCUGUGGCUUCACGUGAACCGAUUCAGCGGUUCCAUUCCGGAGGGUCUCGGGGAGGCGCUGUCACUCCAAGAGCUCAAGCUCAACGACAACCAGCUGACGGGAACCAUUCCUCCCUCGCUCGCGAAUCUCCCGGCGCUCAAGAACUUCACGGUCAAGAACAACUUGCUCGUGGGGGAGAUUCCGGUUUUCAAGGACACCGUCGGCUUCGAGUACGCGCGGAACAACUUUUGCAAGAGCAGUCCUGGAGAGGCUUGCGCACGAGACGUGACAGCGCUCUUGCACUUUCUCGCUGGCGUUGGCUACCCCGACUCGCUCACAUCGUCGUGGAUCGGGAAUGAUCCUUGUGGAACUUCUGGUAGCAACGGCAGCAGCGGCAGUGCUUGGCUGGGAAUCUCCUGCGGCUCGACCCCCGGGACGACUUCGAAUGUCACGGUUAUCAAUCUGGCAAGCAGCCAACUCAACGGCACGCUCUCAGCUGCUCUCGGGAACUUGACGACGCUCACGACUCUCAGGCUCAGCGACAACAAGCUGGAAGGUCUCAUUCCAGAGUCCCUGGCGAAGCUACCUUCGCUGCAGUCCGUGGACUUGAGCAACAACCUCUUCUCGGCGCCAGUGCCAGCUUUUCCGUCCUCGGUGAAGCUCAACAUCGCUGGCAAUCCUCUCACACCCGCCGCGUCUCCAGGGACUUCUCCGCCGGGGGGGACUUCUGGGGGACCAGCUGCGACGCCGGAUGGACAGGCUACUGCUACCACUCGAUCGAAAAGAGUGAAUGCAGGUCCCAUCGUGGGAGUUGUGGUCGGGCUAGUGGCACUGCUGCUCGUUUUGUUUGGGAUCUGCUUGCUGGUUUACAAGAAGAAGGGACGUAAGUUCUUGAGGCUACAGGGAUCCAACACGGUGGUUGUCCAUCCUCGGACAGACAACUCCUCAGACGAUCCAGAGGUGGUAAAAAUCGUGGUGAACAACAACAUGAUCACCAGUGACAACAGCGACACCCAGAGCCGGGCCAACAGCGGGCCCAGCGAUCACGUUCAAGUUGUGGAGGCCGGGAAUCUCGUCAUCUCCAUCCACGUCCUGCGAGAGGCCACCAAAAACUUCAGCGAGGCGACUAUCCUAGGCCGUGGGGGAUUCGGAGUCGUGUACAAGGGAGUCCUGGAUGACGGCACGGCCAUAGCGGUGAAGCGGAUGGAAUCCAACUGCGUCGUCAGCAACAAAGGCCUGGGCGAGUUCCAGGCCGAGAUCGCGGUUCUGACCAAGGUCCGCCACCGCCACUUGGUGGCGCUGCUCGGCUACUGCAUCGAAGGCAACGAGAAGAUGCUGGUGUACGAGUUCAUGCCGCAGGGGACGCUGAGCCAGCACCUGUUCGAGGCUGCCAAGUGCGGCUAUCCGCCGCUGGACUGGAAGCAAAGGCUGUCCGUGGCGCUGGACGUGGCUCGCGGCAUGGAGUACCUCCAUGGCCUGGCGCACAGGAGCUUCAUCCACAGGGACUUGAAGCCGUCCAACAUCCUUCUCGGGGACGACCUCCGGGCUAAGGUCUCGGAUUUUGGCCUCGUGAAGCUGGCACCCGAGGGGAAGUACUCGGUGGAGACGCGGCUGGCCGGAACGUUUGGAUACUUGGCUCCCGAGUAUGCAGUUACCGGGCGCGUGACCACCAAGGCCGACGUCUUUAGCUUCGGGGUGGUGCUCAUGGAGCUGAUAACGGGGCGGCGGGCGCUGGACGAGACGCAGGCGGAAGAAAACAUGCAUCUGGUAACGUGGUUCCGGCGAUCCACCGCCAACAAAGAGGGAGUCCGUAAGCUCAUCGACCCGGCCAUCGAGUCCGACGACAACUUCGCGAGCAUCAGCGUGGUGGCGGAGCUCGCCGGCCACUGCACCGCGAGGGAGCCAUACCAGCGGCCGGACAUGGGCCACGCCGUGAACGUCCUCUCGCCGCUGGUGGAGCACUGGAAGCCGGUGGACUACGAGGACGAGAGCGGCGGGAUCGACCUGGACGUGCCGCUGCCCCAGGCGGUGAAGCGGUGGCAGGAGCUGGACAGCGGCGGCGGUGGCGGCGGAGCGGCGGCGGUGUGGAGCGACACGCAGUCGAGCCUCCCGCCGCGGCCGUCGGGCUUCGCCGAGACUUUUACUUCCGAGGACGCUCGCUGAGAGACGAGGAGACGAUGCAUUUCUCUCUCUUUGGUGGCGAAAGUUUUGCUUCUUCUCCCCUCGCCCGCGCGUCGAGAUUGAUCGAUCGAUCGAUCGAUUGAGAGAGGGUGAGGUUCGUUGCCGCUCCCCUCCUUUUUUUUCUCUCUCUCUUUGGCCUUCUUUGUUUUCUUCCAUCUCCACAGGAACUGCUUUUAAGUUAUGCUCUUUUGUUUUUAA